CUGAGUUUUUUUUUGUGGGAUUCCUUACCUAUUGAAGUAAAUAAAAUCCGUCUGAAUAAAUUCAAAAAUUCUCUUCCUUCAUUUUUUUUAACUGCACCAACGAGGUUUAUAAUUCAUAAGAUGGAAUAUUAUUGUUUAAAAAGCAUGAAGUUUACAUCAUAAUGGAUAUCGAAGAAGGGGAAAUAACUGGUGAUUCUGACACAGAUUGUCAUGAUAUAAAAGAAAAUUUUAAAAAUAAAAUGGGUUUUAAAUUGAAAACAGCUGAUUUAAUCCAAAAAUGCUUACCCCUUCAGGACAUAAAAACACACCCUAAGAAACCCUAUAAAAAAGAUAAACAAUAUAAAUCCAAAGAUAAGUCUAAUAAGAUCGAAAAUUCCAUUAACGCGCAUAAUUCUGAGAUCGAUCAAACUGAUCAAGCCGUUGAUGGUUUUAUUAAUUCCAUAAUUGAGAAUAACUCAUCGAAUGACCCCUCACCUUUAAAUCCUACACUUGAUUACAAUAGCGAAAUAACUACGCCUAAACGUGAAAAGAAAUCACGGUGGGCCAAUGUCGAUGAACUUAGCAAUAAAGCUGAUCACGUGAUUGAAACAGAAGCUUUAAAGCCCAAUAGAUAUGCUAGCAAAAGGAAAUUUGGAGAAACCAAUAAUUUCGAAAAAACCGAUCAACCGUAUAAACGCACCGGAAAGCCCUACUUUAACGCCUCACGUCAAAAAUAUUUUGACCACGAUAAUGUUUCGGACAACUUGAAGGCCACGUGGUUUGAAAAGGAAGAAAACGAGAAUCCAGUCGAGCAAACUUCCAUUGAUAAAAAACUAAAAUUCAUUAAAAAAAAGCCGCAAUAUAAUAAAGGCGGUGUAAAUGGCGAUUCUUACGAGGAAGAUUUUGAUAAGCAACUGAGAUUAGCACAGAAACAAGCAUUUGGUAUUGCCAACGCAGAAGGCAAAGACGAAGAUUUAGAAGACGAGCGAAAAUCAGUGGGUGUAAGCGAAUACAGCAAUAACGAGAGUAACUUCUCGGAAGAAAAAACGGCGAAUCCUUUCCCCGUAGCUCACCCUUACAAACCUAAUCGCCCUAACGAUCUGUCUACAAAUAAAUUUACUAAAAAUUUUGAUACGCCUUCCCCAAAAAUUUUUAAAAAUAAUAAUUUUAGUCCUAGCAAGAACUAUAACGCGAAUUAUAAUAAUAGGGGAAAAUUUUCGGGACCCAGGGGCAGAGGUGGAGGCAGGGGAGGAGGCCGAGGAAGAGGAAAUAGGGGAAGACCUGAUCACAACAACAAAUUCGACAACAAGAGGGGUAGGGGUGGAAAUUUUGGUCGGAGAGGUAAUUUCAAUGACAGAGGAAGGGGUAGAGGAGCCGCUAGAAAUAAUUUCAAGGGGAACAAAAACUUUUCUAAUAAUUUUAACAACGAUGACGAACAAGUGGAAGUAAACGAGUACGCGGAAGAAAAUGAAAUGACUGGAGAAAAUAAGAAAGCAAAUUACCAAGGAAGUGGAACUAAUAACUACAAGAGUUUUGAUAAGGAUCGAAAAAAUAAUAGACCAUCAUAUAACAACCAUCAAGAUUUUAAAAAUAAGAAUCAAAACGCUAAUCGCCCUUGCAACAAUAAAGUUAAAUCCGAAUACGUACAACAGCACCAACCAAAAUCGAUCUGCAAAUUUUACACCGAAGGCCGUUGCACUAAAGGAGAUGAUUGCAAAUUUAGCCACGAUUCUAGCGUAAAUUCCAAGCAAGAGGUUUGCAAAUACUAUAUCCAAAAUACAUGCACCAAAGGAGACGCUUGCAUUUUCAUGCAUUCCGAAUUUCCAUGUAAAUUUUUCCACACUGGGAAUACGUGUUAUUCCGGAGAUAACUGCAAAUUUUCUCAUGACGUUUUGACGCAGGAUAAAACCGAAUUACUUAAUGGGGUGUUGACUAAGAAUCCUAACGAAACUCAAAAAGAAUCUGAAUCCUUUCCAGAUGGCCAACAAUUAAAUGAAGAAACCGACGAAAUGAUUGGCCAAAACUCGGAAGUCAAUGUUAAAUACCAAGCUAAGGAUCAAUUUUAUACCCAUGGGUUUUACGCAUCGGAAACUGUUGUUGAUGAUGAAGAUGAUGAUGAUGCUGACGAAAAUAAUAAUUAUCAAGAAUCUACUUUUGGAUUUUUAGCAAAUGUUAUGAAAAAUCAAAAUAUAUCUAAAAAUACAGGAAAUGAUCAAGAACGUCUCACAUUAAUCGCCAAAUCGAAAUCUGUAGUAUCAUUUCAAAAGUCAGUCAAUAAUUCAUCUUCCCUAACGGAUACAACAAAUAGUAGAAGUGGUAAUUACGAUGAAGCCGAAUUGUUUGGAGCAGAAAGUAGCGAGGACAUCAUGGACGAAACUUUACGAUCUUCCAACACUUCCCGCUCUUCACAAUCUCCUUUUGGUAGAACCGCUAAAGAAAACGCGAAAUUAGUUAUUUCGAAAUAUAAUAAUAAUAACUUAAAACCGGGAAAUAUAAUACAAGACGGCAAAGACCAAGAGGAAGACUGGGACAGGGAAAAUAGUCUAACUAAAUUGACUAUUGAGGAACAUCUCGAUGAAGCAAACAAAGAAUCCGAAGAAAAAAAUGAUGAAAGUGAAGAUGAGGAUAACGAGGAAAGGAUGAGUAUGGGCUUGGGCUCUAUGUUGGGUUUUUUGGGAACUGCUACUCAAGAGAAUGCUUUCAUCCCUAAUGAACAUCACGUUAAGGCAAGCAAAGAAUGCGUAGAAAAAAAGGAAGAAAGCGAGGAUGAAGAUAACGACGAAGAAGAUGAAAGAGAAGAAAGGAUGGGUAUGGGCUUAGGUUCUAUCUUGGGCUUUUUGGGAAACGCUACUCCAGCUGCCGCUUCCUCCACUAAUGCAUACAAAUCCAUAGGAAAAAAGGAAGAAAGUGAACAUGAGGAUGACGACGUAGAAGAUGAAAAAGAAGAAAGAAUGAAUAUGGGCUUGGGUUCUAUUUUGGGGUUUUUGGGAAGUGCUACUCCAGCUAACGUUUCCACUAAUGCCGACAAAAAGGAUAAUAGCAAUAGUAAAGAAACUCAACGUCAACUUUAUUUUAGUACGGACAGAAAGUUUUAUCAAGACCAACAUGAAGAUAAUUACAACGAUAAAAACAAUUGGAAAGAUAAGUCACGCGAUUACAAUAACAAUAGCCGAAAGGAACAAAAACAAUACGGGUAUAAUAAGUCCAACUUUACCACCAAAAAUAAUUAUCAAUCUGCUAAAAACGACAGAGGACGAGGACGAGGCCGUUUCAACAGAAAUCGAAACGAACGUCCUCCUUCUAAAACUGGUGAAGAAGACGAAAAAACCAAAUACUCCGACAAUAAACCCCAACGUUACAAUAAAAAUAAUCAAAAUAGACCGAAUUUUACCCCCAAUAAUCAAAAACAAAAUCACUUCGCUUCCAACGAUCCUGAUAAUAUACCAAAACCUCCUUAUUACAAUCCUAUGAUGUUAUCUCAGCAACAUAAUAUGGAAAAUGUACCCCCACGUCUUAUGUCCAUCAAUUUUGGACUUUUGAAUAACAAUCCUUUCCCCCCAAAUAUAAAUGGCGUCGUUACCAACAACCUUUACAACCAGCCUUCUCAAUUUCCUAUACCUCAAUUACAACACCAGCUUACCUUACAACAGAAUCUUCAACAAAAUUUGCAUCAUCAAAACCUUUCGAACAUCAACAUGACUAAUAUGCCAAACAUAGCCAAUUUAACACCUCAUCAAAUGCCAUUAUUUCGACCACCUUAUCAAACUUUGCCGCCUACUGCCUCCAUCCUGCCUCUUCCUUCUCCUUCCGGACUUCCUGCGAAAGUCGCCGGGUAUAACCAAAAUAUCGAUGAUGAUGAUAACCAUACCGAAUUACUCUUCAAUAAGAAUUCCAAUAUCGAUUUAAAAAUUGAACAAGUCCCGAGAAUUAGAUCCUCUUCAUUAUGGUUUCUUUCACUUAUAGAUGGGCUACCUGAUAAGCAUCGCUGGGAUCAAAACAUUCUGCAGCAGCAAGCUAAAAAGCGAGAAACUACUUCCAACAUUGAUCAAAAGCCUUCCGACCCUCGUCUUGAUCAUCCUGGUUACAAGUUUUAUAGGAAGGAAACUCUUAAAAAAGGUUUUAAUGGCAAUGCAAGUUGUAAUCCAACACCACUUAUCACGGGUUGUAAUCCAUUGGAUCCCAGGUCUCUAAUGGUCAGCCGAGAUCCGAGGUUAUCAGCCGCUCGCCGUUCUUCUGUCAAAUCUGGGGUGGCACAACCCGAGCCCAACCAUAAUGGUUUACAUCAAUCCGGAGUUAUUUUAAUACAGCCUUUCUCUCAGAUUAUUGGGGUCGAUGAGAUAACUAGCCCCACCCCUCUUCAUACUUCUUCCACGACCUUUAAUUCGACACCUCUCCCCUCAGUUUUAACUUCGACAAUGUCCGAUUUCAAAAUACCUAGGCGAACAAACAGAAUAGCAACGACCGAUGGUGAAAAACACAAAAACGCUAAUAGCAAAGUGAAACUAAAUCUAUCGGAUUACAGGGCUAGAUUGGGUCAACCGGUUAAAAACGAUGAAAAAAUGAUAGAAACAGUUGUUGAGGACUCUCCUGUAUCUUCCCCUCUAGCACAAAAUAUAUUUAACAUAUACAAUGAUCCAGAAGAUGCUAUUUUAUAAAUAAACAAAUAAUCAUUAGCAUUCUACAAAAAAAUUUUUUUAUUAUCGAUGUUGUAUUUUAAUUUUUUAAAAAAAAUGUAAUAUCAAUAUCAAGUUAUUAAAUAUUGUAUAUUGAGAACAUAGAUAUUAUAUAUUUUGUAAACAUUAUGUAUAAAUUAAAUAUAUUAUAUAUUUAUUUAUGUCAUCUAUUAUACUAUACCUUUUAU